CACUGAUCACGGCAGCCGAACCUUUGGACUCUCCACGUUAAUUAUUAUUAAAUAAAGUAUUAAUUAAAGUUUUUGGUCCCUUGCGGUUUAGUCAAAAUGUUUGCUAGCAACACAAGGAAUUUAAUGCGCAGCAGCUUUUUGCAGCGCUGCAAGAGCACCUUGGUGGUGGCGGAGCACAAUAAUGAUGCACUGAAUCCCAUAACCCUGAAUACCAUUUCGGCGGCUAAGAAGAUCGGCGGUGAUGUCACAGUUCUGGUGGCGGGCACCAAAUGCGGAUCCGUCUCGGAAGCAGUGGGCAAAGUUGAGGGCGUAAGCAAAGUUUUGGUUGCCGAAAAUGCUGCCUUCAAUGGCUUCACAGCUGAAUCCUUGACCCCAUUGGUCCUGGCCGCCCAAUCUCAAUUCAAAUUCACCCAUAUUCUGGCUGGUGCUUCAGCAUUUGGCAAAAAUGUGUUGCCUCGCGUGGCCGCCAAAUUGGAUGUCUCACCCAUUUCGGAAAUCAUCGAUGUCAAGUCGGAGGACACUUUUGUGCGUACCAUCUAUGCGGGCAAUGCCAUCUUGACCCUGAAAUCGAAAGAUCCCGUCAAGGUUAUCACGGUGCGUGGCACAAAUUUCCCACCGGCCGCUACCACUGGCGGCAGUGGAGCCGUUGAGCAGGCUCCUGCUGGUGAUUAUGCCAGCUCAUUGAGUGAAUUCGUCUCCCAAGAGUUAACCAAAUCCGAUCGUCCUGAAUUGACGGGAGCUAAGGUUAUUGUGUCGGGCGGACGUGGUCUCAAGUCUGGCGACAAUUUCAAACUCCUCUACGAUCUGGCUGAUAAAUUUGGCGCUGCUGUCGGUGCCUCCCGUGCAGCUGUUGAUGCUGGCUUUGUGCCAAACGAUCUGCAAAUCGGACAAACUGGCAAAAUUGUUGCCCCUGAACUGUACAUUGCUGUGGGCAUUUCGGGUGCCAUUCAGCAUUUGGCCGGCAUGAAGGACUCCAAGACCAUUGUGGCCAUCAAUAAGGAUCCAGAGGCUCCCAUUUUCCAAGUUGCCGAUAUCGGUCUUGUGGCUGAUCUCUUCAAGGCUGUUCCCGAACUAACCGGAAAGUUGUAAACGUGUCCGAAAAGAAAAUAUCCCAACUAUCAAUAAGAAGUUUGAGAGAUUCUAACAAACAAUUUGUUGCAUUUAUUUGAAUUUAAAUUUUAAUUAGCACAUCUAAAUAAACAUAAAGAGCGCCGCAUGGAGAAUUCCAGAUGUCUCUCUAUAAACGAGAAAACACAAA